GAGGCUUGAAAAGACCAGCAUGUCAUGCUAAAUAAUUUUAUAUUAUUCUUUUUCGUAUAUAUAUAUGUCUACAUGAUUUUCAGAAGGCGAACGAAGCAGGAAAGGUACGGCGUCGUUUUGUACUGAUCGAGUAAAACGGCGACGUUUUUGGACUAACGUCGGCAGACAUCACUUUACUCAUAUUAUCGUCUCUGUCUUGUCUUCUCAAAUAAGGCCACCCUACUAAAAAGGCGUAUAUUUCCUUUCCCUAUUUCUCUCCCUCUCUCUCUCUCUCUCUCUCUCUCUCUCGCUAUAUUUCUGGUUCGUUGACCUAUGAUUCUGUAAUCGGCGAAGCCAGAAUCUCGAUUCCACACUCUAGAUCUAUUCGUCUCCGGUCCCAAUUUCACGAAUCUAAGAUCUAGUGGAAUCUAGCUCGACAAAGACUUUUGUUUCGAGUUAAUCUGCGAGUAUACAGUUCAGGUUGUGAAGUUCUUGUUGACUGUUUUUUCUUUACGUAUCUGUAUUUUUUGUUGUUCGUUUGAGCUCUGUAAUAGAUCUUGGGAGAGAGGCGGUGUCGUUUUCUUUUUUUUUUUUGGUGUUUCGUUCUUUUCUUUGGUUGAGAUUCUGGGCGCUUAGGGUUUCUGUUUUCAGAUCUUGGGUUUGGGAGUGCUGAUCGUUUUCUUGCUUAAAAUUGAUUUGAUUGGAAAUGUCGAUUCUAUCGAAAGGUGAUUCUAUUCACAUCAGAGAAGUAUGGAAUGAUAAUCUUGACGAAGAGUUUGCAUUAAUUCGUGAUAUUGUUGAUCGGUUCAAUUAUAUUGCUAUGGAUACUGAGUUUCCCGGUGUUGUACUUCGCCCUGUGGGAAAUUUCAAGAACAUUAAUGACUAUAAUUACCAGACUCUGAAAGACAAUGUUGAUAUGUUGAAAUUGAUUCAAUUGGGUCUCACAUUCUCUGACGAGGAUGGGAACCUUCCAACUUGCGGAACUGAUAAGUUUUGCAUUUGGCAAUUCAAUUUUCGUGAGUUCAACAUAAGCGAAGAUGUCUUUGCUAGUGAUUCGAUUGAGUUGUUGCGUCAGUGUGGGAUUGAUUUCAAGAAGAACAACGAGAAGGGUAUUGAUGUGAAUCGCUUUGGUGAGCUUUUGAUGUCAUCUGGGAUUGUGUUAAACGAUGGUGUUAAUUGGGUGACAUUUCACAGCGGGUACGAUUUUGGGUACUUGCUCAAGCUAUUGACCUGUAGAAGUUUACCCGAUUCACAAGCAGAUUUCUUUGAUUUGAUCAAUAUCUACUUCCCAAUGGUGUAUGACAUCAAGCAUUUGAUGAAGUUUUGCAACAGCCUCCAUGGUGGGUUGAAUAAGCUUGCUGAGUUGUUGGAUGUGGAAAGAGUUGGUGUGUGCCAUCAAGCCGGUUCUGAUAGUUUGCUCACAGCUUGCACAUUCAGGAAAUUGAGGGAAACAUUUUUCAGUGGCUCCACUGAGAAAUAUGCAGGUGUGCUAUAUGGUCUUGGUGUUGAGAAUGGACAGAGUACUAAUUGAAAGAUAAUACAAAAAUCUUAUGGCUAAAAGAUUGAUAUGAAUAUUUGUAGACUAUUCUGAGUGUGAGAGAUUCAGUCUUCUUCUUUGUACACUUUGGUAAAACAAACCCUUGUGUUAGUUCUUAACAUUUCUUCUUUCCUCGUUUGUAACUGAAACCUUAACUGGUUCUUGUAGCUUUGAGUUUUUGUACAUCUAUAUUAGUGUUUCAAUAAAAGAAAAAGUUUAAUUGAGUUUCCU